AUGUCUCAUACUUUGUUGAAUAAACUCGAGGUUGAUAUCGUUGCUUUCCCUGGGAUCACUCUUACGAACGGUCAAGAUUCUGUUGGAGGGAUGGAAGACCGGUAUUGGCGCGCCUCGCCUUGGAGAGACAGUGCGUCUUGGUUAUUCGAGCCCCGAAAUGCUGGACUGUCGACCAUCUUUGUGGCCCUAGGGGUCAACGACGACGCUCUGUACGUCUCGACCGCUGAAUUCAUCGCGUCGAUGACGCGUUUCGUUCGGCAAUUGACCGAGCAACACGUGAACAGCCUUCGCGAUUUGGUCAUCCUGUCACCCAUAGUAUCAUUCGAUCAAUCGGACCAUACCGAGGCGCCAUACGGCCGUGAACUCGGCGAGCUGGCGCAGUCGCUCUCCGCGUUAGCGUCUCCAACAGUGAGGUAUCACUACGUCGAUACCUUCGGCUGGCUGUCGUCCGCUUCCACAUUUGAUGGGACGCAUCCGACCGGAAAGCGCGCAGUAGUUUAUGUUGGUGCGAGCAUCACAUGCCCACCUCGAUUUUCGGCCGACUUGUCGUUUCUGGUGUUGGACGUCGAGGAUGGCGCGCUGAUCGACCGAAUCGGGAGCGAAGAUCGCGAAGGCAUGGACGGCUCCGAUCGGCCGGUCACCCGCUCUCGCUCUUCGGUCGCCAUCGGCUGCCGCAUAUGGCGUCGCAUUCGCGGGCCUGCGCCGUUAUGCGCAACGGCCACCGUCCGCGACGAUCUGGUGAAGCCCGAUCCGGCUGCCUUUCUCGCGCGCGUGGGACGGCGACCGAGGAUGGCCAGCCAUGUGCAGUCGAGAAGGGAGAGCAACGUAUGUCGCCCUUCUCGCCGUCCUCACGUCGUCUCCAUGUUGCCUUCAACCCCCGGGCCCGCCGAGUUGCAAGAUCUACGGACGUUCGACUGCUACAAGCUCGCGGCGAUCACAUUCCUUUACUACGACUAUUUCAUCACCUUUGACGACGAGGUCGAAUACUUCUGGAAGAGGAAGAUGUCGUACAUAUCCGCGCUUUUCUUUGCGAAUCGAUAUUUCGCACUGGGAGCGUACGCCGCCGUGCUGUAUUCCAUGUUCCACAACCUGUCCGACGAUGCGAGUGUCUGCACCGACUUCGUCACCUUCUUCCGCGUGCUCACCAUAUUCACGCAAUUUCCCAUCGGCUUGAUCGCUAUACUUCGCAUAUCCGCUCUGUACGGCCGCAGUCGGAUCGUCACGACACUGUCUUGGCUUAUCGGUCUGGCGGCAGCCGGACUCGCAGCGUUCGCGAACGUACACGUGAAGAAUGGGAACCAACUCUCCACCUCGGGCUGCUUCAUUGUCAGGACCCGAGAACAAAACAAGUACGCCUUUGGUUCUGCCUUCAACCACGCAGCGCGAUUGACCGAAGGCUCGUUCAGCGCAUCCCGAUUAGCGCUUGCCUGGGGUGGUCUCGUCAUCUUCGACAGCUACAUAUUCUUGAUGACCUUGUUGAAGACGAUCAGCGUACUGCGAGGCGGCCUUCGAGGUCCGAACAACACACAUUUCCUGAGUCUCAUCCUGCGGGAUGGCGCGAUGUUCUACUCUGUCCUACUCGCGAAUAACGUCGGGAACGUGGUCUUAUCCCUAUAUGGCCGGUCGAUAUUCCAGUCCGUGAACGCCACAACAUCGCAAAUAUUUGCCGUGAUAUUAACAUCACGAUUGAUGUUCAACCUGCGAAAACCUUCGCAACAAUCGUAUACAGACGCAAUCAGUCUCCCUACCGCCGUCUUGACUCCACAAUUCCACAGUGUGACCACGACGGGUCCAUUUGGAGCGGAUACUCGAGACGAGUUUGGCCUUCCUCUCAGCAUCAUCUAAUCCACAAAAUCAGCGAAGAGCCUGUUCCGUAUGACGUUCAUGGAGCUCUGGCUGACAACUCCGAGAUUGACGUGAGGAGUCCGGACCCCUUCUUGUCAUAGGCGGAUUGUACGUGUAUCGUUAUGUAUCAGUAUUGUAGAGCGUCAUCCGAACGGGGCUCUACGUCGCUU